AGAGUGUAGUUACAUUUGUCCAUAAAACAAAAAUUCAGCGGAAUGGCAAGCCGCGCACAAUUAGUAAUUUUAAAUAACAUCGAUGACUUAAGAACAUUACGCGCGCUGUAUAUGGCCAAGGGCUUAACUCAAAUGCUGGGCUAUCAGACGCUAGACAAUUAUAUCAACUGGUUCGAGAGAAAAGCACACCAAGAACAUAUCAAAGUUUAUACGCUGCCAGAGGCGUGGAGACGCAGUGGGCUGUAUCUCAUUGUGGAUCGCUAUCAGUUGAUGGUUAACGCUUUGGACACAGAGGAUGCGGCGGAAGAACUAAAAAUUGCUUUGCCCCAACUCGACUGGAGUCGUGGCUACAAAAUGACUGGCGUGCCCGCCCUACAUUAUGAAACUGUUUUAAAAAUAUUAGCAGACAUGCGACUGCACAUUGACACAAUUCGGCUGAUUGUGGUACACAUACCCAGAGAGCAGAUUUUAAAUUUGGAUGUCAGUACCCUCCCACCAGAAUAUGAAUUCCGUCCGCUGACGAUAGCAGAUGCUGCACUUGUAGAUAAUAUUUGGUACUCACACGGCAAUGGCACUUUGGAGUUCAUAAAACGGCUCAUUACCUACAAUUGUAAUAUUGGAAUUUCUUUGAAAUCGACUGGAGAAUUAAUCGCCUGGUGUAUAAGAUGCAAUUUGGGAUUGCUCGGCAUGCUGCAUGUCAAAGAGGCUUAUCGAGGACGUGGUCUUGCCAGAUCAAUUGUGCAUCAAGUGUCGCGCCAAAUCGCCGUAGCUGGCGGAGAUGUCGGCACAAUGAUAAGUGACCGCAAUUCAGCCUCACUCGCCUUAUUCAAUAAACUGAACUUCAAAGAAAUUGGCGUAACCUACAUCAUACGAACGAAACGCAGUGAAAACAGCGAAAUUUGGUCAGAUGAGCAGGAAGCAAAAGAAGAUUGAAAAAAGUAUUUAAAAGAAAAAAUAUUUAAGUUUUAUCUGCUUUUGA